CCAUCACCACCCCCACCCCCACCAUCACCACCACCACCAUCACCACCCCCACCACCACCCCCACCACCACCACCACCACCCCCACUACCACCACCUCCACCACCAUCACCACCCCCACUACCACCACCUCCACCACCAUCACCACCCCCACUACCACCACCCCCACCACCAUCACCACCCCCACCACCCCCACCACCCCCACCACCCCCACCACCAUCACCACCCCCACCACCACCACCACCACCCCCACUACCACCACCUCCACCACCAUCACCACCCCCACUACCACCACCCCCACCACCAUCACCACCCCCACCACCCCCAUCACCACCCCCACCACCCCCAUCACCACCCCCACUACCACCACCCCCACCACCCCCAUCACCACCCCCACUACCACCACCUCCACCACCAUCACCACCCCCACUACCACCACCCCCACCACCAUCACCACCCCCACCACCCCCACCACCCCCAUCACCACCCUCACUACCACCACCCCCACCCCCACCACCACCCCUACCACCCCCAUCACCACCCCCACUACCACCACCCCCACCACCACCACCAUCACCCCCACUACCACCACCCCCACCCCCACUACCACCCCCACCCCCACCACCAUCACCACCACCACCACCCCCACCACCACCCCCACCACCACCACCACCACCCCCACUACCACCACCUCCACCACCAUCACCACCCCCACUACCACCACCUCCACCACCAUCACCACCCCCACUACCACCACCCCCACCACCAUCACCACCCCCACCACCCCCACCACCAUCACCACCCCCACCACCACCACCACCACCCCCACUACCACCACCUCCACCACCAUCACCACCCCCACUACCACCACCCCCACCACCAUCACCACCCCCACCACCCCCAUCACCACCCCCACCACCCCCACCACCCCCACCACCCCCAUCACCACCCCCACUACCACCACCUCCACCACCAUCACCACCCCCACUACCACCACCCCCACCACCAUCACCACCCCCACCACCCCCACCACCCCCAUCACCACCCUCACUACCACCACCCCCACCACCCCCAUCACCACCCCCACUACCACCACCCCCACCACCACCACCAUCACCCCCACUACCACCACCCCCACCCCCACUACCACCCCCACCCCCACCACCAUCACCACCCCCACCACCACCCCCACCACCACCCCCACCACCACCACCACCACCCCCACUACCACCACCUCCACCACCAUCACCACCCCCACUACCACCACCUCCACCACCAUCACCACCCCCACUACCACCACCCCCACCACCAUCACCACCCCCACCACCCCCACCACCAUCACCACCCCCACCACCACCACCACCACCCCCACUACCACCACCUCCACCACCAUCACCACCCCCACUACCACCACCCCCACCACCAUCACCACCCCCACCACCCCCAUCACCACCCCCACCACCCCCAUCACCACCCCCACUACCACCACCCCCACCACCCCCAUCACCACCC